GACAGAGGGAGUAUAUAUAAUCUUGAUGGUGAGUAAUUGAGGGAAUAUAUCGAAGAUGAAUAUUGUAGCAUCUCUUGUAGAGCCAUUGCAAGUACCAUAUUGCUGUACAAAAUCCCUAAACAGGAAGAACAACCCAAAAUGUGUUGCUACUGGUGUUGAUUCUCUUGUAAUUGAAACAAAUCAAAGCCAACAAACUUCAACUUCAUCAGUUGCAGCUCGUCGACGACUGAUAUUGCUUCGACACGCAAAGAGUUCAUGGGACAAUCGCUCUAUUCGGGAUCAUGAUCGUCCUUUGAGUAAGGCUGGACAACUUGAUGCUAUCAAGGUCUCGCAAAACCUCCUAAAACUGGGCUGGAUUCCACAACUUAUUUUAUCAAGUGAUGCACUGCGAACACGGGAAACACUGAAAAUAAUGCAGGAACAAGUCCAAGCCUUUUUGGAAGCUGAAGUACAUUUUAUUUCAAGCUUUUAUUCUGUUGCAGCAAUGGAUGGGCAGACGGCUGAGCAUCUACGAGAAGCAAUUUGUAAAUACUCGAGGGAUGAGAUCUUGACAGUCAUGUGUAUGGGACAUAAUAGAGGAUGGGAAGAGGCAGCCUCAAUGUUUUCAGGUGUUACUGUAGAACUAAAGACUUGUAAUGCUGCUUUGCUUAAGGCCACUGGGAAGUCGUGGGAAGAGGCAUUUUCUCUGGCUGGACCUGGUGGGUGGAAACUUCAAGGGCUUGUGAAGCCAGACACGGAUGUUUAGACUUAUCUAGUUAAAGGAAUAUAUAAUCAACAAUUUGAGUGACCAGCAGCCCAGAAAAUGCAGAGGAUUGAAGCAAACCAAAUUACAAUUUUUCGGUUGCUUGUUGCAAAGAUUAUUCAGGUAUCUUACCACCACCACCACCACCACCACACAGGCCUUGCAUGCUCGAGGGAUAAGAUUAAUAUUUGCUAAGUGUCACAUGGAGCUUCACUUACGGUCGGACAAAUCAUUGAGAUGUAAUUAUCUUUGUAUUUUCACUCAAAAGAAUAGAGGCUCAUGCCAACAAUCUCAUGUGUAGAAUAACUUGUUGGAUAAUAGGAGCCAGUGGGGCAGCUUGUUUUGCUAGAUUUAUACUCAUGUAACCAUCUAUGUAGCGGAACAACAAAUGUGUAAAUUUGAAUUUGGCCAAAAGUCUAUUAAUCUAAGACCUUUGUUGGA